AUGACGACCCAUGCUCCAGUCAACGGUUUAGUUCCCGGAACGAUAUCAGAAAAUAACGAUCAUUUAAUACGGUUAUUUUUGGGAGUGAUCAAAGAAUGAAGUUUGUUUUUCGCAACCGAAUGUCAAAAGUGAUCGAUUGUGAAGAAAGCAUCAGCAAUAACCACUAAUUGCACUAAUUGGUCGCAAGAUGUUUUGACAGCGCAACGAGAAAGGUUACUGACGUUUGUUAAUAACCACCUCUAAGAGAAAUAUCUAUGUUAAAUACUUAUGAAACUGUUUUUUUUCCUUUCUUUUUACAGAAAAGUUGAACUUGAUACAGAUAGUAAACGGGAUUUAAGGGCCGAAAAUUGCACUCAGAAGCUUGGUGUCACUGGAUUCAGGAGGCAUCAAUAA